UUUCCUUCCUUCUUCUUUUGUGGUUUCACACAGUAGUGAGUGCCAGCCUCCUCUUACCGAUGAAGUGAGACAGUGAGACGUCAGGCAUGGAGGCGUGGGUGUGGCCUGAAGCUCUAGCCCCACCUCCUCCGUCCCUUUCAUUUGACUCUCAUUACUUGAAAGGAUCUUCUCGACUGUUUCCAUGUGUUGGCGAACAGUUGUGUAGAAUCCAGCUCCUGGGAAUCAGCGAGCAGCAUGCAGUGACUUUGCAUCAUUGGACCCUGGAACCAGACACAUCAGCUGCAGACCUCAGAAGAGCCUGUUCACAUCGCUGUCAUGAGGGGCACGGGCAUCAGAGAGGGUGCGCCCAAGACCCUGUUGGCCAGGGCACUUUACGACAACCAUCCUGAUUGCUCCGAUGAGCUUGCCUUCUCCAGAGGGGAUAUCCUGACCAUCGUGGAACAAAACGUACCAGAGAGCGAGGGCUGGUGGAAGUGUGUGCUCCAUGGGAGGCAAGGCCUGGCCCCCGCCAACCGCCUCCAAGUCCUCAGAGAGACCCCGGCAGACAGACCCUGCCCCCUGCUCCUGAGAGGCCUGGACGCAGAUCUCACCAGCUCUGAGGCGCCUUACCAGGUGCACAGCUUGUCCUGCCCGCCGCCCCCAGGGCCUGUGUACGAAGCAAUGAGGAGCUGGGUGGUGGGGCCGCCACGGCCGCCAGCUACUGGCCAAGUCUACAUGCUGCCUGACUCUUCACCUUCCAGCGCCAGGGUCAUCUGUGAAAAGACCCUGAGCUUCCCCAAGCAGGCCAUCUUUGAGCUUCCCAGACCCACGAGGGGCUCGUUGCCGACGCUUCCUUCCCAGGUGUACGACGUGCCCAUCAAGAGGCACGUCUCCACAACCCUUGAGAGGCCAGAGAAGCAGCAGUUGUACGACAUACCCACCAGCUCCCAGAAGGGUCCACUCUGCCCCUCCACCAGCCAGGGACAGGGUGUCACACUGGCACCAACAAUGGCCUUCAGACAAGGUGGUGGCUAUAACCCGUUAUCCAGCCCUCAGAAAUCAGAAUGGAUUCAUGACACUCCAGUGUUGCUAGAAAAGGCCGAUGUCAGAAAUGUAUCUGUGGCCAGCUUCACCAAAGAAUCGGGGUCCAGAACCCUCCCAGGAUCCUCUGCUCUCCACACUGGAGCCGGGGCCCCCUCCCCACAGCUUGGCAACACUAUGCAGGAAAAAAGCAGCCUUCCAGAAGAACCUUCCUAUGCCUUCCCAGCGCCCAGGGACCCGCUUCCUUCUGAUGCAGGCAGCAGCUACAAGGUCCCUUCCAGGUUUCUCAUUCCCAGAGUGGAGCAACAGAACACCAAGCCUAACAUUUACGACACCCCUAAAGCCAUGCAGGGUGUGCCUCUGGCUGGAAAGGAGCUGGAGAGAGGCAGAGAGGCUCCAGAGAAUCCCCCUUGGAUCUCCAGACAGACAAGUUUCCUGUCUCCUGACUCGGACCGACUAUCUGUUGCCAGCUCAGACAGCAGGGCCAGCGUGGUGUCUUCGUGCUCCUCCAUAUCCAUGGACUCCUCCCCUGGCUCCUCCUCAGAGGACUCCGUGAAGGAGCUAUGGAUGGAUGUGGACUUUGCAAAGGAGACAGCAAUGUCGCUGCAACACAAAGUGGCCAGCUCGGCAGCCGGCCUGCUGCUCUUUGUGAGCAGGACUUGGAGGGUCAAAGAUUCCUUGGAAACCAACAUCAACAGAAUCCGCAGGGCCGCUGACCAUGUAGAGGAAUCCCUAAGAGAAUUUCUGGAUUUUGCCCAAGGGGUUGGUGUGACCGCCUGCAACCUCACAGACAGCUACCUUCAGGCUAGAAUUAGAGAUCAGCUCCAGACCAUCUCUAGCUCCUACCAGACACUGCUAGAUGCCAAGGGAAGCCUGGACCGCUGCAAUUGGUCCCUAGAAGUUCUCGUGAAGGACAAAGUCCAAAAUGGUGCAGAUGACCUAGAGAGGUUUGUUGCCGUUGCGCGAAUAGUUCCGGAAGACGUCAAGAGGUUCACCUCCAUCGUCAUUGCCAACGGGAAGCUCCUUUUUAAACCGAACUGUGAGAGAAGAGAGAUGGACUUGAAGUGUGAAAGAUGCAUCCAGCCUCCCCAAAGAGAAACUGAGUCCUACCAAGAGAGCAGCCCCUUCAGCAGACAGCCGGCAACUGAACGCUCCCUUGAACUAGCGAAGAAAAACAGAGUGGACGUCUGUGGGCAGAAGUCACCUAACCUACAAAAGAAAGGAAAGCCCACCAUGGAAGGAAAUUCAGAUGGAAACCAAGACUCCCAUGGCAAGAGUCCUACCGCUCUUUCCUCUCCAUCUCCCAGUGGGCACAACACAGGGAGGAAGAUCUGCCUGUCUGAGCACAGCAGGCUCUAUUUCGGAGCACUCUUCAAGGCCAUCGGUGUCUUCGCCAGCAGCCUCAGCAACAGCCAGCCCCCCGAGGUCUUCAUCACCCACAGCAAGCUGGUCAUCACAGUCGGGCAGAAGCUGGUGGACACGCUGUGCAGCGAGACCCAGGAGAAAGAUGAACGCAAUGAGAUCCUGUGCGGCAGCAGUCACCUGUGUGGACUGCUCAAGGACCUGGCGCUGGCCACCAAAAGUGCAGUGAUCCACCACCCAAGCCCCAGUGCCCUGAGCCUCCUCCACUCAGAGCUGGAGAAGCUAGAGCGCCACUCUCGGAAAUUCAGGGACACAUUGGAAUGAAGCCUAUGGAGGUCAACUCCUGGCCAGUUUCACACCUGCCACUCUGCUCCUGGAAAAGCCCAUCAGAAUGGCUGAAGCAGCCCACGGGUCUCGGAGCUGGUGUUAGUAAGUGGUUAAGCCUCAGGAGACUGGCUGACCACAAGGAGGUCAAGAGAGAGAGGCGGGUGACGAGUCAGGUCCUUGAGAUGCUGAACUCACUGUGCCAAGGUGUGCAGCAUCAACAGGGGAAGUGGCGCUGUUGAAGCCGUGUUCCGUGUCAGUCAAAUGUGUGUGCGGUUUACAGUCAUUCUACACUUGUCAGGCAGCACCCAAGGUCAAGGUCAAGGGGCAGAAGAGACAAGCAGCGUGUCCCAGGCUCUGGCCUCACAGAGGUACCAUCUGAUUGGGAAGACAGACGAAGGGACAGAGAAUUAGCUGCAGUCUAUUUACUAGCUACUAGUGAGAAAAGAAGCUGGUGGAGAGCGAGAAUGGAGGAGGGGAAAAGAACUUUUCCCCAAAGGAUUGAUUCCUGUUGCAUUCUUUUGUCAGGGAAGUGCGGGGACUGGUGGCACACACCUUCAAGUUUAGCACUCAGGAGGCAGAAGCGGACAGACAGACCUUAAUGUGACCAAACGAGUGCACAGCGAGCUCUGAGCCAAAGGCUGUAGAGGGAGAACCUGUUUUUUUAAAGCCUCCCCUAAAGCAAUGGGUUUGCCUUUUUUAUCAGUUGUUUUAGAUUAAUACUGUGAGAUGUAUACAAAUUGUGUAUGCAUGAACACGUGUGCCUGUGUGUGUUGCUAGAAACUGAAUCUAGGGUUUCACAAGUGCUAAGCAUGUACUCUGCUGAGAAGAUUGACCCCUAAUCCCCCUAAAUGUACCUUUGCUGUUACUUUACCCUGAAGGUGAUGGUUAUGUGCUGUUAGGUCCCCUACUAACUUAUUUUGUAUUACAAAUCCUGUAUUGAUCUGUUCCCCUAAUCAGUUAGAUUAGGUUUAUAUUUCACUAGUCUCAAAUCUGUCAUAUUUUUAUCUAUAAUCAUGGUUUAAAUACAUUUGCAAGGUCCUGAGAGACAGCUCAGGGGGUAGUGGCCCCCAGCCCCAGCCCCGAUUUCCUGAGUUCUAUCCUGGUGGAAGGGGAGACGUGACUCCUGAUAACUGUCUUCGGACAUUCGUGCACAAAACAAAACAAAACUUGUCAUUAAAAACUUAAAACAUGUGA